AUGUAUCCACAGAAAAAACAUACUUCCAUUUCGGCACAGAAAAAACCCCAUGAAACCAUUUCAUGUCAAUACAGCACAGAAAAGAAGGAAUCCAUUUCAAAAGCAGUCCAUGGAAAAGAAGAAUGUCAAACCCGAUAUAAUGAAAAAAUGCAGAAGAUGAGCAAAUCCACGAAACAAAUAAGGAAGUUAAAGAUGAAACCCAGUAUAAUUGAAAAAACAGAAAAGCAAAACCUAACAAAAUUCAAAGAUGUUAUUGUUACUUGCAAGUUUUUUCACUUGAAAAAUAUAUUCAAAGGGAAUAAAACUUACUGCAGAAAUGCAAAAACUGGAGGAUCUCCCAACAACCAACUCCAAGACAUGCCCAAACUAAUGGGAUUAAUGAGCUCGAAGUAA